AUGGCAAUCAACUUCGAGCACAUCUUCCUGGUCACUGUUUUGGCAAUGGUCUGCGCCGGCGAGUCAAUUCAGCUGCAGCCCACCCAGGGCAUACUCAUCCCAGCUCCACUGGCCGAGAACAUUCGUGUCUCUCGUGCUGCCUAUGGUGGCUAUGCUGCUCCAUCACCUGCCGCACAAGCUUACGCCGCACCCGCUGCCCCGGCUUAUUCCGCACCUGCCGCUCCAGCCUAUUCCGCACCAGCUGCUCCUGCUGCCCCCGCCUACUCUGCACCCGCCGCACCUGCCUACCAAGCUCCAGCAGCACCUGCUUACUCCGCACCCGCCGCCCCAGCCUACCAAGCUCCAUCGGUGCCAGCUCCACCUUGCCCCAAGAACUAUCUGUUCAGCUGCCAGCCCUCUCUGCAGCCCGUGCCCUGCGCUGCUGCUAGCGCCAACUACGGAUCCGCCGGUGCCUACUCCCACUAUGCGCCCCAAUACGCCGUGCCCAUGGUGCGUGAAUUGUUGUAA